CUCAACGAAAACGAAAGGAAGGUAAAAUUGGGAAUUUCACAAAGUCUGCGGAAAUUGGAAUGAUAUACAGUAUGGUGCAUUGUCGGCUGGAGUCUCGUUACUGCCUAAACAGUUACCCUCAAGACCAGAAAUUCCCAUCUGCACCUACAACCGGUACAGCUGAAAGUUGUUGACAUGUGUUAAAUAAUCUGAGGGACUGAUUUGCACUUCUAUAAUGGAUUCCACUACAGCACAAGUACUGUUUACUCUUGGACUAUACAGUGGUUUUUGCAUGGCUACAGAUGACAUGCAAGGAUAUUUUAAGCCAACAGAUUGUGUGAAGAAGGAGGGAGAUGAUGUACAGUUUGAGUGUAGGUCUCCUGCAGGCUAUACAAGUUUGAACUAUCUCAACAUCGCAUUUUUUGCUGAACAUAAUGGAGUUCUGAAAUUUACAAGGAGUGGUCCUGAUAAACAAAAAGGGAACUUCACAAGUAGAGUGUUCAACAUACCAGAUGUGACUAAGCAGGAUGCAGGGAACUAUACCUGUCAUAUAACAGGAAAUGGUAGAGAUGUUACUGUCAGCACACAGCUUUUUGUUGUUGAAGCUGAGGAGCAAACCACCUUUGUCAGGAAGGGAGAGGAUUUCAGACUGGAUUGUCUAAGUGCUGGGGAUCAUGGAUUUCUUCCUGUUGUUGACUGGUUUGUCAGUGGAAGUCAAGUGGGUAUGGACCCAGAAAGUGCAAUGUAUACAUCAGAGUCAUCAUUGUAUGUUGCACAUGCAGCUAUAGCUAAUGCAUUCCAAGAUAUCAGGUGUAAAGUGGUAUCUGAAAAGGCGUAUAAAAAUCAUGGAAGUGUUGAGGCUGCAUUUGAUAAUGGAUCUGGCACUGAGUUUCACAAAUCACUUUCAGUGGUGGAUGUGUCAACCUGCAAAGUGGUGCCAUGCCAGCUACCAAUAGAAGCGAGAGUGUAUGGAGGUACACCAGUAAAUAUAUCAUGGAAGCUGGAUGGCAAACUGCUCAAUUCAUCAACAACUUGGAAUGACAGUGUAUCAAUCUCUACAACAGAUGUUCUAAACAGUACAAUUUCUGUAUUGUUGAUUGUUAUUGGAGGACAAAAUGUGUGGUCACAGAAUGUAUCAUUAGACACCAGUGUGCAUGCUGAUCACAAUGGUACAGAUGAGGGACUUGCUGUGUGGAUAAUUGUAGUAAUAUCAGUGGGAGCUGUGAUUGUAUUAGCUGGAGUAGGAGGGGUAGUCUACUGUAUUAGACGAAGUAUGCAUGGUACAGCUCGGACACAAGAGGAAGAUAUGCCUUUGAAAGUCCAGUCAAAAGGUCAUGAAGGGAAGGAGCCUGCGGCAACUGCAUUAGUUUAAAGAUGAUGUCUAAUAAUUGUUAGAAAUAGGUUUUUGCUAUACAAUACUAGUACAUGUGCCAUGAGAUUGUACUAAUGUAUAUAAUAUGGGAGGUGUGUAUAACUGUCCUUUCCUAUCUUUAUCUGUUCUGUCAAAUCUGAAAUUUCAUUCUAGACAAAAUUGAUCCAGAAAAUUAUUGAUGCUAAUCCAUGAUAUGAAAGGUACUUUGAAGGAUUCAUUAUGCUAAAGGUUGUAGAUGUUCAUCAAAUUUGGUAUGUACCGUCCUUGCAUGGAAUUUUCUUAGAUGUUUCAAUACCAUUUGCCUCAGUAGUGCACAUGGACCACCAUCCAUAUAUGGAAUAUUGAAAGCCUUUUGAACAAUUUUUUUACCAUGAAGUGCUUCUGAUGAUAUCUACACCUCAAAUAAACUGUAGUUUUCUUGUUUGGACCUUGUUCAAAUUAGAUCAAAGGUUUUUCUCCACUACAGAAAGGUGUUGUCAGUGCAAAAGACAGGAAUUGUCAGUGCAAAGGACAGAAAUUGUCAGUGCAAAGGACAGAAAUUGUCAGUGCAAAAGACAGAAAUUGCCUUUAAAUAGUUUGUUCUCAUCAAACAUGAUAUUGUCUUAGCUUGUUCUGUAGCUUCAUUUGUUGUUCAUUCUGAUGGUUCAUUUAUAGUAAGUGGUUGCCAGGUCUCCAUUAGCAGAGCUCUUCUCUUGAAUCCUUUACUAAAUCUUUUUUAGUUCAGGGAUUUUGGACCAACUUUGCCUUGGUAUAUAUUUAAAAAUACACUGUAAAGCUGCUUAUUGACCUUGAGAACUUUGGGAAGGAAAAGGUGAAAUAUAUGUAUAGCAGUGUGUGUUUCUUCAUUGUUCACUGUACUAGUUACUCUGCUAUCUGUGACAUCAGUGUGUGUAAGCAUAAAUUUUUAUAAUUAUAAAUAAGAUACAUUUUGAUUGUAUUGGUGACUUUGUGUUUAGUUUAUGAUUUAGUAGACUCAGGAUAUUUGUGCAGACCUUAGAUAUUAACAUUCAGAUAAAAUUAAUUUACAUUUCAUAAAUUACUGGACUACGUUUUAUGUUUGUAUGGGUUUGCCGGAGAACUGGUGUAUACAAAUCAUUGCAACAGUGUACUACUGGUUAAGACGUAAAAAAGUACUUUCCACAAUUACACUAACCCAUUAUUAUAAGACAACAAGGCAACAAAUGAUAGAAUUAGUGAAAGGGAUGUUCAGAUAUUUUGUAGGAGAGUUUUUUUUACACUGAACGUGAAUCACAAUUCAGAUAUAUUUUGUUAUAAUAAUUAUUUUCUGUAUUAGAUCAAGAACUUCAAAGUAUUAUAAGCCAAUCAAACUCCUUUCUAUUGUUUACUAAAUGUAUCUGUUACUGUUAUUAUAGAAUUGUGCAAAAAAUCAAACUGUUAAUGAACAAAUUUAGUUAUUUCUGAACAUAUUUAGUUUAAUUUUUAUUUUUUUACAUUUUAUAUGCAAGUAUAAACUGUCCUCAUUGUUGUUAAUUAAGUGAUGUGUGUUGUGUCUGUACUUACAUGGUUAUAUUCUGUUACCUGUGUUUUAUUUAAUUACAUUUUAUCUGGCUGUGAAUACUUCAUCUGUGAGUUUUAAACAAUUAAACACUUAAUAUUAUUACAUUAGUCCUUAUAUUCAACACAUGUUUACUGGGCAAAUUUGUCAAAAUUCAAAAUAAAACAAUGAAAAUUAAUUUCUGAUGCCAUCUUAACAUAGAACACGUAUUGAAUGGCUUGCCAGUCAAUAUUCAGAACUAUUUGAACCUUGGACAAUAAUUUUGACUAUUGACGUGGUAUGAAACUAUAGUAUGUGUUACUUAAAACUUUCGUUGCAGCAAAACCCCGAAGAUUGUCUAUGCAAGUUAUCUCAAUGAGAGGUGAUGUAUUUUAUACAGCCCUGUUAAUAAAAAACUUGAAAUAUGUGUCUUUUAUUCACAGUAGCAUUUUAAUUUUACAUCCCCUUUUCAACCUGAAUUUAGUAUAGAAAAAGAAAAGUUCAUCAUGUUUUAAAGGUACAAAGAUUUCAUCCUGUGAUAUAUUCACUUUUUGCAGACUAUGUUCAUUUUCUGUGUUUGAAAGUAACUAUUAGCAUGGUGUGUUAUGUGAAUGAAUUGGCAUUCAAAUGUUUCCAUUUUAUAUUGUUGUAUUUGUUCUGACAGCUGAUCUAUAUGAUCUGACAGGAUAUACAAAGGCUGUUCAGUCAAAACUGGGAAAAGUGCUCUUAUAUCAUCAAAAAAAUGAUGAAACUGUUCUACAAUGUAGAUAAAGGAAUUUUAAGUUGAUAUGUCAAAUCUUUUUAUUAUUUUUUUGGACACAUUAAUUGUUUUGCUGCAAAAGGUUUAAGGGACAAUGCCGUGAAGAAAGCAACAUUAUAUCAGUUGUAUAGGAGGUUCAGAAAUAUAGUAUCCUGAUGAUUCAUGAUUCAGUCAUAAGAAGACAGUAACAUUCAAUCAUGUUUUGAAAAUUAAAGAGCUCCUUGGUAUGGAUCAGAUAAUUACAGAACAUUUUGGAUGUAUUCGUAAGAAGUGUAAAAAUGCAAUUUAUGUUGAGAAACAUUAACCUCUGUUAAGUCACAAGUUGUAUUGAUUAAUUUCAUUUCAUAUGACAGGGUCAUAAUGUAGUGCAUUGCCUUAGAAUAAGUAAAUGUACAUGUUCUGAUAUCUGUAAUUUUUUAAGUAUUUGCAUUUAGUAUGUUCUUUAAUAUUUAUGAUGUUUGUAAAAUUUGACCAGAAAUAUAUAUACAGGUAUUAGAGCACUUUUCCAUGUAAUCUCUGAACAUCCUCUUAUACUAUACUUGUACGUGUGACAUUUUUCACCAGUCAUGUAGUAUUUGAUUCACCUUGUCUGUUACAAGGUUUCCUUCUUGUUUAUUUUUUAGAUACUUGAUGAAACUACUUGUAUCAUUAACCCUUCCAAAGGACUUGUCAGGUAGGAAGUAGUAGGAAUAUGGUCAGUUUUCACACUGUAUUGAUUGGUUUUGAAUUUAUUUUUCAAGGUCCAUAUUUUUCCAUUUUGUUGAUAUCAGCCAUUUACAACAGACAUAAGAGGAAAGUUUCCACAACAAAAAUGUUCCAGUUAUGUAAGUAGUGAGUGAAGGUAAAGUGAAUCUUCCUGACAAACAGCUUCUGUCUCAAGUUCUGUUUAGCAUUGUUUAUUCCUUUUAUAUUCCCUAUUUACUUCCAUACCUUUUACAUAGUUUGGAAAAUGUUUAUUCUUUGCAGAAAAUAAGAAAUGUACUACUGUGAAAUAUUUCAUACACUUGAGUGUUUUUACAUUAUUGACAGCUACAGUAUCAUAUCCUGAUCACACUGGGUUACACCACAAAAAAUCCAUAUUUACUUCCAUACAAUAUACUUAGAAGUUUUCAUAUUUGUGACAAGACUUGCUGAGAAAAAAUAUGUAAUUGUGUUUGUUUAAUUAUGGUCAGUCUUAUUGAAUCGCAUCUUUGCAUCAUUUUCGUUUAAUGAAUGUUUCCACCGAAAAGUUUGUAUAAAAAUUCUCUAUGUCAUACCAUGUAAUCAUCUAAGUAACUAUUCUUGUAGUAAAAAUUUUGGGAAGAAAUCAGAUUUUAUGCUCAUGACAUUAAAUGAUCUCUCAGGUUAUCAUUUUCUUUGAAAUUCAUGUGGAAUAAAUUUAGACUACUUUCAUAAAAAUUGAAAUGACUAAUAAAUGUUGAUGAUGUGUGAAAAUUGCCACCUAAGCUUUGAGAGAAGUUGGAUAAUAAUCUUUGGUGGCAGUUCAAUGUUUUGAUAAACAGUCUUCCUCAGAAAUGAGAUUUGAGAUUAUUUGCUAACACGACUGAGGGACGUAGUAGACUUAAUCUAAAUAAAUAGUCUUUCUUAGGAGUAGUUAUAUGUGGUUCUGGAGUAACUUGCGGUACUGUUUGACUCUAUAUAACCUGUACUGUGUAGGUUCACCAAAGUUGUAGUUUUGUAAUCCUUCUAUCUGUACCUGUAUGCUGUUUUAGUUGAUCUGUCUGGGUACCUGUAUGCCGUUUUAGUUGAUCUGUUAGGGUACCUGUAUACCGUUUUAGUUGAUCUGUUAGGGUACCUGUAUGCUGUUUUAGUUGAUCUGUCUGGGUACCUGUAUAAUGUUUUAGUUGAUCUGUCUGGGUACCUGUAUACUGUUUUAGUUUAUCUGUCUGGGUACCUGUAUGCUGUUUUAGUUGAUCUGUUAGGGUACCUGUAUACUGUUUUAGUUUAUCUGUCUGGGUACCUGUAUGCUGUUUUAGUUGAUCUGUUAGGGUACCUGUAUACCGUUUUAGUUGAUCUGUUAGGG